GCAUUACUAAAGAACAUUUUGGCAUGAAAACACACUUGUUACAAUAAUUAAAACAUUUAAAGUCAAUUUUCUAUAGAAUAGAUGGGUAAAGGCAAAGGGGGUAAAGCCGGCGGUGGAGCUGCACCAGCCGGGGCAGAUGUAAGCUCUUAUUUUCCUUAUUUUUAAUUUCUAUUUCUUAUUUUAUAGAAAAAAGCUGGCGCUGCUAAGGGAGCUGAUCAAAAAAGUGCUACAAAAGAUGCUGCUGCACCGAAAGGGGGCAAAAAGGGUGGCAAAAAGUAAUGAUUUUGUAAAUAUGCAAUGUUUUAUUUGUGAUCUUUAAAUAAACGUAUUUUUUUUUAAAUAAAAAUCAAAUUUUAUUUAAAUUUGUGGGCGUUUUGCGACAUUGCCAAGUAUAUUUCUUUGGAGAUUUUGUAUCUGCACCAAUGAAAUCUGCACCUAAUUUUACAGUUUCCUGUUUUGUCGCUGUUUGUUAUUUGUUUGACAUUUGCAUUUGACAGUUUUGGGAAAUUUUUAUUAGGGAAACGGCCUAAACUUUUCCCGAAUUUUUUUAUUAAUCAAUGAAAAAGGUUCCCUUUUGAAUCGAAAAUGUUAUGUUAAACCAAGCCCAUUGAAAUAUCAAACACAAAAAUGGGCAUAGUUCACGCAAAGGUUCAGGAUGGUAGUUCUAAAAAUGUAGGCGAAUUUGCCAGGCAAACUGGCCUGAAAGAGCAUCAGGAUGAACCUGAUGUGAAGGAAAUUGAUAUGGAAAAAGUUCCAGUCAGGGUCGAUAAAAUAAACGUUGAAGGGCUUGGGAGAACCAAAAACGACAUAGUAGAGGAUUGUAUAAGGGAAUUAUUCAAAGCUAAAGAUUUUCAAGAUGUACUAUUAAAAGCUCAUAGGGCUCGUGUGAAAUUAGAUGAAUUGGGUUGCUUCAAAAACAUCGGAGUGUACAUUGAUACUAGCAAAGGUAAAACUGCUACAGAAGAUGGCUUGGAAGUGACUUUUGACGUUAAAGAACACAGUAGAGUUACAGGAGGUAUCAGUACACAAGUUGGCAAUAAUGAAGGCUCGGUUUUGGUGGGAAUGCGAGCCCCAAAUAUAUUCGGUAGGGGCGAGAGAGUUCAAAUGGAAUACAGCCACGGCUCAAAAAAAACUAGCAACUUUAAUUUGGCUUUUAUAAAACCUUUCAGGGGAAAACACAGAGCAAGUAUGAGAACUUCCAUUUUGCAAGCACACUCUCAAUGGCCAAGUUCAGGAUAUAAAAUGGUUGAACAGGGCAUUGCAAUAGAUUUUGGAUUUUACUCAACCUCUUUGUUGAAACACAGCCUUCAAUGGGAAGGCAUUAUAAGAGAUUUGUCAACACUAACAAGGACUGCAUCUUUUGAUAUUAGAGAACAAGCUGGAGUAAAUUUAAAGUCAGCUUUUAGACAUAUUUUAUCAUUGGAUCUUAGGGACGAUUUGAUUUUUCCUAGUUCCGGUUCUCUAGUUCAGGUAACAUCAGAACUGGCAGGUAUUGGAGGCGAUGUUGGAUUCGUAAAAAACGAAAUAGUUUUCCAAGACAACACUUCCUUGUUCGAAGAUAUCGUUCUUCAAACUAGUCUCAUGGCUGGCUACUUAACCACGCUCAGCAAAGACAAAAAAAUCACCGUAGCCGAUCGUUGCUACAUAGGUGGUCCACUUUCAGUGAGAGGCUUUGAGGCUAGAGGGGUGGGGCCUCAUUCCGAUGGAGACGCCCUUGGCUCAAAUGCCUAUUGGGCAGCUGGAUUGCAUUUAUUCACACCAUUACCUUUCAGGCCAGGCAGAGGAGGUUUUGGAGAUCUUUUUAGGACACACUUUUUCAUUAAUGCUGGAAAUGUAGGAGAUUUUAGUCUGGAAAAAAUUUCCAGAGGUCAACUAUUAGAUAUAUUGAAAAAUAAUAUGAGGCUCUCUUAUGGGCUGGGCGUAGCUCUGAGACUUGGCAACAUGGCACGAAUUGAAGUCAAUUAUUGUUUCCCUUAUAAAUUCGAUAAAGGCGAUCAAACCCAUCCUGGUGUUCAAUUUGGUAUUGGAGUACAAUUUUUAUAGUUAUAUGCUCCGUUUUGUCCAGUGUUCGAAAAGUGACCAAAUAAUCUAAAUCUAUUUUAGCGUCUGUCGAUCCUUGUAGAACUAAAUUUAAUGUAUAUUUUUAAAUUAAUUAUUAAAUUUGUUGACUUGAAAACAUAUUUUUUUGUUAUCCUGCAUAUCAAAACGAAACAUGCCUUAUUGUCCAAAAUACAUGGUUAUUCAUUGACAAAGCUGAAGUAAACUUUUUAAAAAAAGAGAACUCGAAUAAUAAAAAUAGCAAUAAGACAAUAUGCAUACAUACAAACAGUUAUCAUCAGUUGGCAAAAAAGUAACUGAAAAGGUGAGUCUCUCAUAAAUGAAACAACCAAAAUAUUUCUUAGGACUUCUAACGCCA